AUGGACGAAAGGUCACCGACGAGUACCUCUACAUCAUACGAUCAAUCCACAAUCGAGGAACAACACGCACCAGAGUCACCAUCACUCACACACCUUGAGGAACAACUGGCAAAAGACUUUGACGAAGAAGAUUCUCGCGCACGAAGCCCUGCAACCCACCGCGCAUCCGCUUUGUACGGCUUUACCAGAGAAAAGGAAGAGAUAAAUCUGGCGUCGAGUAGUGCCUGGGUCGAAGACCAGUCCUCCGACAGUAGCCCCGAGGAAUCCGACGAACAAAUAUCUCAAGACCAAGACAAAGGGAAAGAGCGAGAAAUGAGUCAUCCGGGAGAUUAUUACCAUUCAAGAGCGACCGUGUCGCCCCCCGAUCGGCGCCCUGAGAUAUCGAGAACGAGCCCCAGCAGCUCUACCAGCACGCCCCGGCAAGGCUCUGAGGAGGCCAGAAGUGACGACAAAAGAGAGGACCGAGCAGGAAGUGGCGGCGGCAGUGGUAGUGGCAGUGGAAGCGGCAGCAGCAGUGGUAGCGCCGGUGCGAGUGGCAGCAGCCGCCCUAGGCUGGUGGCAGGAGUCUUCGUGAGAUAUUGA